AUGAUGAAACAAAGUAGGAAUGAUAUAGAGAAUAAUGGAAGUGAUAAGCAAACUGUUACGCCAUUAGCAAACAUGGCUUCUAAGGAAAAGAGCGUUGACACUGUUAUAGAUAAUAGCCCCCUGAGGUUAGAAGCCAACAUUGAUAACCAAGAUGAAACAAAAGAUGACACCAGAAAUUUGGAGAAAACCAUUGAAGCAAUAGACAAUCACCUCACUCCACAUGAAGCAGAAAAGGUUGGAUGGUUUAAGCUUAACUUUGAUGCCGCUUCUAGGGGCAACCCGGGGAGUGCUAGACUUGGGUGCAACCUUCAUAAUUCAAACGAGGAUGAAGUGGCCUAUAUGGCCCUCCCCUUAGGAAAAUGCACUAACAAUGUAGCAGAAAUGAAAGCACUUGCUAUAGGGAUAAACCUAUGCAUUAUACUAAAUAUAAAGAGGAUCAACAUUGAAGGGGAUUCGGCAAUUAUCAUCAAUGCCCUUAAAAAAGGGGCAAUGCCUGAUUGGAAGCUUAGUGCCUCCUUGGCUAAGAUACUGACAGACAUCAAAACAUUUGACAGGGUCAUCUUUAAUCACAUAUACAAGGAGGGCAACAAAAGAGCCAACUCCCUAGCUAACAUGGGGGCUGAUGAACCUGUGAUGGAUACCCCGAUCAAACUAAGUAGUUCAAAGAGGCAGAUGGCCUUUGACGGAGCCAUUAUUAGGGAUCGUCUCAAGCGCAUCAUCCUCCUUCCUCAUACCUUAGUUAUAGGUGUUGUAGAGACUACCCUCGGUCUGGAUUAUCUUACAAAUUCGGACCGAACUAGAGCCAAUUCGGAUGUGGCCGCCACGUUUCUAGCUAUGACGGUCACUUUCACCAAGAGAAGGGAUGACACAGGAGCUCUAUGCAAGGAGGUCUUCAUUGCCUCAAUCUUAUGA